UGACAUCGACGUCAACACCACUACACACGCCCACGAAGCUCUUCAGCACCUCCAUUCACCGCCAAAAUGUCUGGAAUUGCCAGCACCGUGUACAACGCGGUCCUCCGCAGCAACACCACCAUGUUGUUCACCGUCUUCGGCGCCGCCUUCGGCAUGCAACUAGCCUUCGACACUGGAUCUGACAAGAUCUGGAGCACUCUCAACAAGGGCCGUCAAUGGAAGGACAUCAAGCAAAGGUACAUGGAGGCCGCCGAGGACGACGAGUAGAUCAGCAGCAAAUCGACAAAGCGCGCAUGAUCUUUGGACAAGCCAUGGCACUUGGAGGAGGACACUGUAUAUUCGGAUGUAUUCUACAACUGCGAAAUACCAAGCCAAGAUUCUGAGCACGGAAAA